AUGAAUGACAUGCGGAGCGAGUGGCUGCGCAGAUUUGAUGUGUUGCAAAAUACUAUUCGAACGGUAAAUAAGCUCUUCAAGUACAUCGUCGACUGUCCAAAUAAGCAACAAUGGUUAAGUCAUCCUGCUACCGCUCUGCUAUCACCAAACUUCAUCUCUAAGAAGUUUCGGCACGCGAAAUCCACCAGCGUCUUGGUGUGCAUCGCGGUCUACAGGGAGCUAGGAGUUGAGAACGACCGACCCGGAAGAGUAAGGCGUGCCACCGUCACUACCACGGGUAAUAUAAGGAAGGAUAAACUGCUCCCUGGGCUAAUUCUCACUUUGGAAACCGCUUCUGGACCUUCUUGUAGGAUGGAGCCCCCGCUCACAGGUCGACUACCGAGCAACAGUGGUGCAAGAAAAACUUCCCCGACGCUUAAGAACAAUGUUGUAAUAUGGGAUCUUGGAAAGCAAGGGAGGCAAAUUCUUUCUAUGGGAAGGAAGGCGUCUCAUUGUCGAGACGACGUUCCACCUCCAUUACUACGAAUCUGUUUGUAA